AUGACUGACACUGCCAAAGCUGUUCCCAACUUUGAAGAGAUGUUUGCUAGUAGAUUCACAGAAGAUGACAAGGAAUAUCAGGAAUACCUAAAACGCCCUCCUGAGUCCCCUCCAAUUGUUGAGGAAUGGAAUAGCAGAGCUGGUGGGAACCAAAGAAACAGAGGCAACCGAUUGCAAGAUAACAGACAGUUCAGAGGCAGGGACAGCAGAUGGGGGUGGCCAAGUGACAAUCGAUCCAAUCAGUGGCAUGGACGAUCCUGGGGUAACAAUUACCCGCAACACAGACAAGAACCUUACUAUCCCCACCAAUAUGGACAUUAUGGUUACAACCAGCGGCCUCCUUACGGUUACUACUGAUAGAAAUGUUGGCAGCUUUUAGUAAAGCAUUUACUCUGUUACCAUGACAAAAGUUUGGGUGUCUUCUGUUGGUCAAAGUUAUACAUCUGAUUUUAGAGAACGGAUUUUUUGGAAGUUGAGACUUAAAAAAAAAAUAGAUCUUACUUGCGGGAUGCGAUGGUUGCUGCUGAUAUUUGAAGUUGUGGAUUAUAUUGCUUGACUUCUACCUCAGUCUUCCUUGUUUCAUGACGUAAUAGUGCUUUGAGUUUGGUAUAUUUUCUUAUUUGACCUCUAGGAGACCUUUGUUUUACACAGAAAUAAAAAUUUUAAAAUAGAAAA